UCCCCACGCCAUUUUGAACGUUGGGCUCCGAUGUGAACUAUACUUCCCGUCACCACCCGGGAAAUGCGCAGAUCGCAGGGAGGCGAUGGUGAGCCGAGUCUCCAAGAUGGCCACUUGGGGAAGGAGGCGCGCUGGUUUGGGGAGACGAGAUAGGGUGCCCUUUUCCACGUGCGAGUGGUACAUCGUGCACGAGAUCUACAAUGGUGAAAAUGCACAAGACCAGUUUGAGUAUGAACUGGAGCAAGCACUUGAAGCUCAAUACAAAUAUAUAGUCAUUGAACCAACCCGUAUUGGAGAUGAAACUGCACGCUGGAUUACCGUGGGAAACUGCCUGCACAAGUCAGCAGUACUUUCUGGUACAGUGUGCCUUCUCACUCCACUCAUUUUGCCUUCUGAGUAUAUACCAUAUAUGUCUCUGCCAGCUGGUAUUCUCAGCUUGGCCUGCUCUACUCUUUAUGGAAUCUCCUGGCAGUUUGAUCCUUGCUGCAAAUAUCAGGUGGAGUAUGAUGCCUAUAAACUAUCAAGACUUCCACUACACACUCUUACCUCCUCUACACCAGUCGUGCUUGUAAGGAAGGAUGACGUCCAUAGGAAAAGACUACACAACACAAUAGCACUUGCUGCACUGGCAUACUGUGUAAAGAAGCUGUAUGAACUUUAUCUUGUAUGAUUUCCAUGGAUGCUGAGCAUGCAACAAUAACACUUUUUUGUGAAAUUUAAUUGAGAUUGAAGAAUUUCUCCAGAAAAAAAAAUGUGGUGCUACUGCACUGAUUUCUUUUCAGCGCUUUAUAGUAGGAUGGUGAGGAACCUGCUUUGAAGUCAGUAUACCCUAGCUGCAAGUCAUACACAUAACAGGGAAUACAUGGAUUAUACCAGUGGGUUAUGAGGGAGGUGUUUUUAUGUUGAACAUAGAUUUAUGUAUUUGUUGUACUACACUUAACCAGCCAGAAGCCCAUGUGACUAUUAAAAUC